AUGUCUCUAAGUGAUUCAUCAAAUAGUUGGGAUACUGGUGCUGUGGAUGAAGAUGGACAACCAAAGAAACUAAAGAAGAAGUUUGGUGACUUUUUGGGUAACUUUAUGAAGAAGAGACCAUCACCAGAUGACUUGAGAGAGAAGAAUAUAUUGAUGGCACCAAGCUCAGUGGCACCUCGAAUUCAGCCAUCAAGAUUCGAAUUGGAGAAGAAUCUAAAGUCACCUCGAAAGGAAAGUGUCAGUCGAGGUGGUGGGAAGAAGAAUAAGGACUUGUCGUUGAGGGAUGAUUCUUUGGGCGGUGGCUCCAACAGCGAUAAGAAUAAGACGGCAUGGGAGACAUUGAGAAACCUCGACUUUACGUUCUCAAAGUUCUCCUUUGGCAAUGCUGUCGUACAUCGUCUAAAGUUCCCUCAGUUUGGUCUGUCGCCCGAUGAGUUGCAAGACCUCUAUCCGGAUCAACCAGAUGGUAUACCUCUUGUAUUGACCAAGGGAAUGGAGUAUCUAAAGUCACACUUGGACACUGAAGGAUUAUUCAGAGUCAAUGGUAGUAAUAAGGAUAUAAGCAUGCAAAAGUUUAAGAUUGAGGAUGGCGACUUGAGCUUUGAAGGUGUCGACAAUCCAUAUUGUGUAUGUGGAUUGAUAUCUACAUUCUUCAAGGAGCUUCCACAGCCACUUAUACCAUGCGACAGGUAUAACGAGGUCAUAGACAUUGUUCGUAAUCCUGAUGAGAGUGAACAGAACAUAGUUAUCAAGUUAAGACAGUUGGUGUUGAGUAUUCCUCCUUCACAUCUGUGUAUUCUAAAGAAGUUGAUCGAGUUCUUGUCUUUGGUCGAAUCACACAAGGAUAAGAAUAAGAUGAACUCUGAUAACUUGGGCAUCGUGUUUGGUCCAACACUCAUUCGUGAUCCAGAGUUCAAGGACAUCAGUGCUGGAUUGGUCAACUUGAAGCUACAGUCCUACGUGAUCAAGUACAUGAUCGACUUUUACAACCCCAUCUUCAAGAGCAUGGAGGUGAAGAGCGCCUACAGGAAGUCGAUGGUGGUGCAGCCACCAAGGGACACGUCGUCCAUCGAUUAUCUGGACCCAGCCUCUAUCGAUGACAAACGCGAGUCGGUUCAUAUCAUUGCCAAUGGAUCGCAGACCGUGCGUCCGAGACCACCACCUCGCCGCACUGGAACCAUCCUACUAAGUCCGCGACAGGACUCAUCAGACAUGUACAACAACAAUAAUAAUACCAACAACAGCACACUCACCAGACCAAUGUCACGUAUAUUCAAUCCAGAGGUGCUGGAUUCACCGAUUGUAGCUCCAGCCAAUUGUCCCAAGCCUCCACCCAAACCUCCAACAAGGAAACCAACACUUAUCAAUCCAAUGCCAAUCAAGACAAAUGUAACAACAACAACAACAACAACUACAACAUCAACAACACCUACACCUACCAAAAGCGCACCUGUAUCAAUAGCCAACACUACCAAUAGGUUUGGACCUUCAACAACAACUACCAAGGCAUCCCCACCCCUUUCCACUUCACCAUCGUCCGAUAGCAGUGCGAUCAAGACCAAGCCCCCUCCUCCAAAGAGAACAUACCUGCUUGACUCUCCCAACCUCGCUCCUCAACUGACUCGAUCAAACACAAUAUCUACAUCCACUCCUAUAUCAUUCAGUCUCUCUGGCACAAGUACAACGACAGGUGGUGGCAUUGGCACUCCUCAUCGAUUGGACAAGCCACCCAACAAACCUCCACCCAACCCUCAGGACUACAAGUACAAGACGACACCAUCUCCACAGACCAAACAAAUUUCACCUCCCCUUCAACCGGCAUCCUCUUCAUCCACAACGACGACGACGACAUCUCUCUCGGCACCACCAACCGUGGAGCCAGUUAGAAAGAGGGUCCAAUUUGGGACCACAACAACAUUAUCUUCAUCUGGAGAGACCAAGCUAAAGGUACCCGAUAGCUCUGCAACAACAACUGUAGUACCACCCAAAUCAACAACCUCAACUACCCCUUUAAAGUCAUCUGAUCCAGUGACUACAGGGACACAAACCAAAGGUCCAACUGUCUCCUUGUUGACAACAACAGCACCCAAGUCAAACUCAUACAUCAAGUUCACAUCAACAACAAGUGGAUCCAACGACUCCACCAACGACGCAAAGAAACAAUUUACAACACAACGAACGUCCAAGUCUGACAUGAAUCUCUCGACUAGGAUUGAGGAUAAGGUGUCUUCUUCGCCACCAAAGUCCACUGUGGCAGCAACAGGUAGUUUGUUCGAAAAGACCAACUUUAGAACAUUCCAGCCACUACGUGUGUCACCAGACCUGAAGCCUACAACAGGAGUGUCAACGCCAGCCAAGAAGUGA